AGGUUUUUGGUCGCGAGCAAGCUUUUUUUGCACUACAUUCAUCGGCUGCCAGGGGAAAGAGCCGCGGUUACGUGGUCGCCGCUGCCCUUCUGAGGGGGGGCCGCCUGUCACCGCACGGCACAACGCAGCGCAGCGCCGCGCCGCGCCGCGCCCGGCCAGCCCGCCAGCCGGGCCAGUCCUUCCUCUCCGCCCGCUUCUCUCGCCUCCCCGGCCCCGGCCGCAGCCGCUGGCCAUGGCCGCGCUCGGCCACCUCUCCACCUUCGGCCGGGUCACCCACGCCGUGGUGCGGGGACUGCCCGAGUCCCUGUGCCAGCACGCGCUCCGGCGCCACAAGGGCGACGAGGUGGAUUUCGCCCGGGCCGAGCGCGAGCACCAGCUCUACGUGGGGGUGCUGAAGAACAAACUGGGGCUGCAAGUGGUAGAGCUGCCGGCGGACGAGAGCCUGCCCGACUGCGUGUUCGUGGAGGACGUGGCCGUGGUGUGCGAGGAGACAGCCCUCCUCACCAGACCCGGGGCGGUGAGCCGGAGGAAGGAGGUUGACAUGAUGAAAGGAACAUUAGAAAACCUUCAGCUCAACAUAGUAGAAAUGACAGAUGAAAAUGCAACCUUGGAUGGUGGAGAUGUUUUAUUCACAGGCAGGGAAUUUUUUGUGGGCCUCUCCAAAAGGACAAAUCAACGUGGUGCAGAAAUCCUGGCUGACACUUUCAAGGAUUAUGCUGUUUCCACAGUGCCAGUGUCCGAUACUCUACAUCUGAAAAGUUUCUGCAGCAUGGCCGGACCCAACCUGAUCGCCAUUGGCUCGAGUGAACCUGCACAAAAAGCUCUCAAGAUCAUGCAGCAGAUGAGUGACCAUCGCUAUGACAAACUGACUGUGCCUGAUGAUGUGGCCGCAAAUUGUGUGUAUUUAAACAUCCCGAACAAAGGGCAUGUCUUGUUGCACCGAGCCCCGGAAGAGUACCCGGAGAGUGCUAAGGUGUUUGAAAAACUGAAGGACCACAUGCUGAUACCUGUCACCAACACAGAACUGGAAAAGGUGGAUGGUCUACUCACCUGUAGUUCAAUUUUGAUUAACAAAAAGGUAGACUUGUGAGUUCACAGAAUCCCCUACUUGUCACUGGCAAUAACGUACAUGCAAGGCCGAUGACUCUGUACCCAGUCUUGUUUUGAUUGACAAUCUACUGUGCCACGAUGCUACUAAUCUGUGUUUACAAAAGUUAAUUCUCAUUUCCAUUCUGUCUUGUCAUAUGCUUCUCUCCCUACCCCAGAUGGUACUUAAGCUGUGGAUUUGAUAGCUGAAUAAGUCUAGGAAAAUAUAAGUCUUAACAAACUAUUAAAGCUUGAUUGGAGCAAGGGAAACACUCAUCUUUAAUGACUUACAGAAAAUCCUUUGAGAUGCCAGUAUAUUCAGAAGAAUGUCUUGGUCAGAUAAUCUCUCUUUUCUAUAUAUCAUCUGCAUAUAGUAGGAUUUUUAGGGAAUUCUUUUUCCUCUCUCUCUCUCUCUCAUUCUUGAUGUUGGCCUCUACUAAUAACUUUUGCCUCUUUUUGUACCCCUAGAACUUAGUACACUGCCUGAUACAUAGUAGGCACCUAAAUGUUUAUUGACUAUUGACUAUAAUAGCUGUAGUGCUGGAAGGGACUUCCAUCUAGUCCAAUGCCCUCAUUUACAGAUGAAGAAAGAGGCCUUCUCCCUUUGUUUCUUGGAUUCCUGUUUUUUAAAUCUUUGUCUUCAGGUCUUUCCCUCUCCUCUCACAGCCACUUUGACGUUGACUCAUCUUGGGCUUCUGGGUAGUAAAGUUUUAAUCAGUAUACCACCGUGCAAUUCCACUCUGGCUGUGCAAUUCCACUCUGGCCUCAAUACAAUCUGCCUCACUGUUUCAACUUCCGCCUUAAGGAAUGGGCAAAUGAGCUCCUGAGCAGAAUCACAACCAAAUCUGGGUGGCAACUUGGGAAAGCAUUACUAUGCAGGGGUGCACCAAGACAGGGCUGGCCCCAGAGAUUCAAAUUCCAGAAGAGUUAGAGGUCCAAACUUAGGCAAGCUGCAACCUAGUCUUCUGAUGAUAUUUCAGAUUCCCUGAAUGAAAAUUCAAGGGACUGUGGCAAGUCUAAGCAUUAAUGUGCUAAAUAGAAAUGAGAGGAACCAACGAGAGACGUCUCAGAAAUACUGUAUUCACUUUCCAUCGUAUAAUAUCUUUGUGAGGAUACUUACAUUUGCAUGUUCUUGCCCCCUUUAUGGGCCUUCUCAAUACUCUAGGGAAUGUGAUCUCACUGAGGUGGGUGGUCUCUUCCCCAAUGUAAAACUCUCAACCCAUUCAUUUCUGCCCAUUCCAAUAUGAUUCUCAUCUAUGUUCUCCCAUAAAUCCAUAAAUCUAUCACAAGAUCCAUUUGACAUGCUCUGUCAAAUGUCAAACGUCAAAAUGCUCUGAUGACAUCCCUCUGAUAUGGGAAUCCAGAUCAUUUGGGGGUAUAUUUUUUUAUUUUUAAAUGGUUUUGUUUUCCUUUUUUAUUAGAUUCCUGCUUUUGUCCUUUUUAUCUUUCCCAAGACUCUAUUUUUAAACAUUUUAAGUAUGCUAUUUCCCCCUGAAAAAGAAUAAUGUCCAAAAAUGAAGGGGCAUGCCAAAUGCAUAACUCAAAGAGAAUGGAGACUCCCGUCCCUGACGGGAUUUGUCCCUGACAAAAGAAGUGACUGGGCAUUCCUUACAUGGCUAACUGGGACUUGCAACCAGCUUCACAUAAUAGACAAUUUUGUUUUCUAACUUCCAUGAAUAUUUGUGAUGAAAUUCAAUUAAAUUCCACUUCUCCUGUAACUCUCAAAUUACUCAACCUUCAGACUGACUCAGGCAGCACAAAGGAAAAUACUACUAUGAAGUAAGAAGUCAUUGUCUUUUUUUCUUUGACUUGAAAGAGUCUGUCCCUACACAGAUGUGGAUUUGGUACUUUCCAUGGAAUAGUGGCUGGUUUCAACAUGUUAUCAACUUCCUAGUCAUCUCCACCUUUCCUGUGGAUUUGGGGAUAAGGAAAAUUCAGAAAAUACUUGUUACAUUCUUAUUCUAUUCAGCUUUCUUCCUUGCCAACUUACAUGUUUUUACUCAAUCAUCAAAAAAGACAUAACUGCACCCUUACUCAUCCUUGUUUCCCUCACCCCUAUGGAGCCACCUACAAAUACUUUAGAAAACCUAUUCAAUGCCCCUCCUAGGAGGGAGCACUAAAAAAAAACACAGACAUGUCUUGCCCCACGUGAGCUUUGUCUUCUAUUUAGUCUAGAAACCAGAAGAAAUUUCUCCAAAUCCUCAUUGCUCAACUUUUAAAUUCUUAUCAUAUGCAGACAUCUGAUCACAUAUAUCCUGUAAAUGAAACAUUUACUGGUCAUUAUUGUGUUACAAAUUGUCAGAAGUGAAUAAUCCCAAAGUCAAAUCAAAAUAAGGAAGUACCAUACCAACAAGGGAGAGAAUAUUGACCACAUAUUGGGAGAGGCAGAAGGAACUUGAACCCAAUGGAAACAGUUAACCCUUUCAUGUCAAAUUUGACCAGAGGCGAAAGAAGGACUAACUUCCAAGGUUUUAUAUCGAAGGAAGGAAGGAAAGUUAAUAAGUAAACUUAGUUUACUAAGAGUAACUUUUGUCUUUUAUCCAUCAUCACAGCACUGACUAUUUUUGGUCAAUUGCAAUGUGAAUAGAAUUAUCCUCUGAACUAUUUAUUUCCUAGAAUUUCAUUUUGUUUCUCUCUUCUCUUUCCUCUCCUUUCCUUCUAUCUUAAGAAAUGAUUUAAAAUUGGGACACUUCUUCCCAAGAGACUAAUCCUGAAUUCUUAAAUAAACCUCCUUAUUACACAUUACAUUUUCCCUUUUGUGAUGCUCUGUAUGACCUGCCUAUUGUAGACAUUUAAAACAUACACAGAGUAUGGUCAUCUUUUUUAAUACCAGCCACAAAUUUCCCCUAUACUGGUUGAUGGUGAAUCUGUAAGGAUAGACAAAUUGUAACAAAAACCCCCUGUGACACGAUCAAGUCAGUAUUUAUUCAAAUAAUAGAAACUUCCAACAGAGUUACUUAACCAGCAAAAUCAAAUAAAAUAAGGGAUAUACAAAGAAAGUUCUUUAUUUCUUCAGGGUUUUUUCAAUUGUGGCAGGUAACUGUAGAAAGUAACAAACACAGGUCUAUUAUCAGUUAUUUUGCUCUUUUUUUUUUUAAUCUACUGUGAACAGAAUAUUAAGGCCAUCUCUUCACCUUAUGGGAGAAAAUACUUAGUAGAUGAAUAAUGUAACUUGUAUAGAGUUGCAUGUAAAUCUUUAUAAUUAUUCACCAUUUAGUAUUGCAUUGUUGUACAGCUUGCAAAUAGAAUUACAAUAUAGCUUCUAGAUGUGGUCAGUCUCUCCUGAUCAUGUCCUUCCAGCCAAUAUAUUGUUAGCCUCUUUUUGUGUGCCAAAAUCAUAAAUACCCUAGUCCUUUAGACCAAGAAAUUCUGCACUGAUUUUAGUCUCUUGCAAUUCCAAUCUUCAAUGUAAACCAAUUAUUAUGGAAUAAAGUGUCCGUUGUGCUGCAAA